CAUCCGGCAGAAUCCGAAAGGACCCUGGAUGCAACAUCGACAGCUUCCGUUGGUUGUGUCGAGUGUCGCACGCGACGACUACACUGCGAGACGGAUGCUGCAAACCCUCGUCAGGCUUGUGGAAGUUGUGUCCGAAAUGGAUACAUUUGCUCCAACGUAACGAGUACUGCCACAGCUCCUCGCCCACCACGCUCUACGCCACGUAAUCGCGUACAAAAGGCCAAAGAUCGUGCCCCCAAACGCGUAGCUUGCGAUUGGUGUCGUCGCCAGAAAGUUCGUUGUUCUGGAGAGACGCCAUGUAGUGCUUGCGCCAUACGCGAUCAAUCAUGUGUAUAUCCUGCUGCCCACAGACAACCAUUCACCAACGGCAGUCCUGCGACUCAAAAUUGCGAAGGCUUGCCUCAAUAUGAUGUCCCUGGAUAUGAUCAACUCAAUGGCUCGCCAUCUUCAAACUUGCAGCCUGGUCAGAUCUACCAAGCCCCAGCUCCCAUAGCCCGUCAACCUAUUUCUAGACUGAUAUCGGAUGCCAUAAAACACGACUACUAUCUCAAUCUAGACAAAGAAGUCAUCGCAGAAUACAUAGAAGCCUUCUUUCGAUUUGUCUAUCCUGUUGGUUGCAUGAGCUUCCUGCAUCAACCGACGUUCUUACGCCAAUGGCACACCCAUACCGUGAACGUGUCUCUGCUGAAAGUAGUCUGCGGGUGUGCCCUUCGGGUUUUCUCGACGACUCAAGAAGACAAUGAACGAGCAGCACAAUGGAUGCAAGAAGCAGAGUCUGAUGCGUACAAAAAUCUCGGAGAUCUGACCAUCCAUCGUUUGCAGGCUUUGACACUACUUGCCUUCUUCGAAUUCACCUAUCACGUACACUCAACAAAGGCUCUCAUGUUAGUUGGGCUGGCGGCCCGUCUUGCUUUUGCAAAGCGUCUCAAUCACGAAGAUCCCGCAUUGUCAAUAGUCGAGCAAGAGUCGAGAAGGCGCCUCAUGUGGUCAAUAUUCGUCCUUGACAAGUUUUGCUCUGGUGGUGUUGAAGAGCUGACUUUGGUCUCUGCUGAGCACAUGGAGAUUCGCCUCCCCACGAUUGAGAGAGCUUUUGGCUUCGGACAGCGUACCGAUACGGAGAUACUUCGUCCUCGUAUCGAAGAGGGUGCACCAGUCAGCAACGCGAAGGGUAUGGAUGAGUUUGCCUACACUGUUCGUUUGCUGGACCUACUGCGCAACAGAAUUCACAAAUUUACCAAGCGCGCCCAGUCCACAGAUGAGAGUCUAUACACAUCAGCACAAGAAUUUCUGGCUCUAGAUUCUGCAAUAGACACGAUCGAGCAGCAAAUCCCCGCGGACAUCAGAUGGGACAAAGCGCAUUUGCAACAACGAAUGUAUGCGCCAGGCCUCUCGAGUUUCAUCAUGCUACAUACCUGGCGGCUACAAUGCAAACUUGACCUGCAUCGCGUGACCGUGUCAGGGACAAAAGACUGUAUAUCUGAACUUGCGCUACGAAACACACCUCUGAGCUUCGCGCAGAAUAUGCGACUGAAAUGCCUGUCGCAUGCCAUCGAGCNNUUGACGAAGAUGUGGGCAGAAGUGCUAGACCUUGGCCUGACGAAACCAGUGCAUGAUGCAGCCAUAUCUGGCUGUGCACACCAAUGUGCAAAGAUUCUGACACUUAUACCUGAUCAGGUCGGUUAUUCAGCCCCGGGCCAGGAGAAUAGGGUCGGCGCAGUGUUGGUUUGUCAGAUGAUGAUCGAACCCUUGAAAGACAUCUACCCCAAGGCGAAGAUCUUGUACGAUGACGUUUGUCGCAUGAGAUCAGAACUCAACACUGCCCCGAUACCAGACUCUUCGAACGUGAUGCAGCAUGUGAACGUAUACGAGGGGGAUAUAGCAAUGCAGGCGAAUGAUGAUGAUCAAGUCAGGACAUUGCUCAACCAGUACAAUGGGUGA